CAUAACCCAACUUUUGGUCAGUUGUCUUGUCAGCAGUUCAUAUGAAUGUGUAAAUAAAAAAAAAAAUUCUAAAAUUAUAUUUAUUAUUAAAUUAAUUUGAAGGCCUUACGGCGUACGGCCUCACUAAAUCCAGGAUGGGUGUGGAAAAAAGCGACAUUGAGCAAUUGAGAAUUUGGAGAGAAAACAAUGAGAGGAAAAGCAGGGAAAUAUUGGAUUUAUGGCUCGUUAGUCUUUGGAUUAAAGCUGAUGCUGAUACACUAGGAAAUGAAAAAUAUCUCAUCCUAGAACAAGUCUGCAUAGCCGCAUUGGAUUGUCAUAUUCUAUAUGUAGCCAAAAACUGCAUCGAAACCUUGGCUAAAGAAUUCCCCAACAGUUUAAGAGUAAGACGCCUUCAAGCCAUGUUUUACGAAGCCAAAGAAGAUUUUGAAAAAGCUACUGAAAUUUUGGAUAGCAUUAUUAAAAUUGAUGAAAACAACAGUGCAGCUAGGAAAAGGAAAAUUACUGUGUUGAAAGCACAAGGAAGAACUGUUGCAGCUAUCAAGGAGCUGACUGAAUAUUUAAAAAUAUUUAUGGCAGACUUUGAAGCUUGGCAAGAACUCUCUGAGCUUUACAUAUCUGAGCAGGAUUUUAAUAAAGCUGCUUUCUGUGUUGAAGAAUUGAUUUUGCACAAUCCUCAUAAUCAUUUGCUGCACCAGAGGUAUGCUGACAUCAAGUACACCCAGGGAGGAGUUGAGAAUUUAGAAACUGCUAAAUCGUAUUAUUCACAAGCCUUGAAAAUCAAUCCCAAGAAUAUGAGAGCAAUUUAUGGACUGUAUUUAACUUCAUCAGCAUUAGCCACAGCAUCAAAGUGUGCGGCUCCUAAAAAGAAGGAAGCUACAAAAUUGGUGGAAUACGCUUUAAAAGAAAUUCAAAACCGAUAUACUGAAGCAGAUGUUGUAGUAACAUCAUUAGCAGCUUUAGAAAUUUGAAGUAUUUUGUAAUUUCAAAUCAUAUUUGAAUUUUGUGGUUUCGCAUUUUAGGUGUAUGUUAUUCUUGAUUAUUAAUAUAUAAAUGUUGUGGAUAAUA